AUGAGUAAAGUGUCAGGCGAGGAAGAGUAUGAGCUUGGCGGGCUGCAUGAGGUCAACGCGGAUGCUAGUGCUACUUCAUACUUUAUGAAGGAUGGUGAGAGGCGAGAGAUUGAGGAAGUGGAAGGCAGAGCUGUGGUACGUGAGGUUAAUUGGAAAGGCCAUGAUAUACUAUUAUAUGAUUUAGAUUAUGAAAAGCUUCCCAUGGUUAGAUAUCAAGUUGCAUUCUGUUUGGUGAUGUUUCUUGUUUUCGGACUUAACGACCAGACCACCGGUUCACUACUUCCGACAUUAACUGAGCAUUACAACAUAUCUACAUUUACAGUUUCAAAUAUCUUUCUUAUCCAACUAUCUGGGUACACCUGUGCGUCAUUACUAAAUGAAAAGGUGCACAGGAUGGGGGGUGUGCGUGGUGCUAUGGUCAUCGUGUGUAUGCUUUGUAUAGUACCGCUUCUGGUCAUGGCUAUGAAACCUUCCCAUUUCUACAUCUACAUGAUAUGUUGUUUCCCGUUGGGCUUGGGUCUGGGUGUGAUGGACUCAGCAGCAAACGUGCUUAUCGGCAACUUGACGCAGAACAAAAACGAAUGGAUGGGCAUCCUGCAUGCACUUUAUGGUGCCGCAGCCAUGAUAACACCACCAACAGUGUCCUAUUUUGUCAAAUGGGGACAUUGGAACUUAUUCUUUUUAAUUCCUUUGAUAUGCUGUACAGCUGGGUUGGUACUAAUAUACCCUGCAUUCAAAUUUGAGACAACAGCCAAAUAUAAUUACUUGAGUACACUGGAUGGUGAUGGUAAUGAAACUGCUGAUACCGGAGUUGAUGAGACAAGUUUAUUCCAGAUCUUGAAAAAUCCUGUGGUGGUGUUAUACUCUAUUUACAUGUUUCUGUACCUCGGUGCGGAGAUUACGACGGGUUCUUGGUUCUUCACAUAUCUUUUGAAAACCAAGUCUGAUAAUAGAAUUGGGAUGUCCUACGUUGCAGCUUCAUUUUGGUCUGGUAUCACUUUAGGAAGAUUGUUGUUAGGGUUUGUUACAAAGAGGUUAUUUUCAACUGAAUAUAAUGCAAGCAAUGCCUACAGUUGGCUAUCUGUGGUGUUCUUUUCUUUAUUCGUUGCCAUAGGUUUACUCAACUACUCAUCGAUCUUCUACUUUGCUUGUAUGUUUGUCUCGAUGUUCUUUGGUGGGUUUUUUAUUGGGCCAUUGUUCCCCAAUGCAAGUAUUGUCGCCUUACAAAACCUACCUCCCAAACUGCAUAUCAGUGGUAUGGGUACAGCUGUGGCAAUCGGAGGAUGUGGUGGUGCAGGUUUGCCUUAUUUAACUGGUUUGAUAAUCCACAGCUGUGGUGAAGAGAUCGUACCGUUCAUGUCUUGGAGUAUGGUGGUCGCUUUCACAAUAGUGUGGUAUUUAUACCCAAGAUUUAUCCCUGCGUUGAAGGACAACUGA